CCUGUGCGAUCACUUUGCCACUGUGCUGACACGAGUCACUGACUGUCUUCACAGCAUCUUCACUGCAUUACAGCGGACAACACUGACUUGUCUCCAUGUCAUCCGACCAGGACAACUGCUACCUGUGUAAGGAAUACCUCAGGGAUCCCGUGUCCAUCCCAUGUGGCCACAUCUUCUGCUCCAUUUGUCUGAAGACAUACUGGGACCAUGCUGACCACACAGGAUCCUACCUCUGCCCACAGUGCAGGGUCACCUACAACAAGAGGCCCACCCCGAGACGCAUGGGCGGCUCCCGGCAGUCCACCAUGCAGCGCAGCACCGAAGCCUUUCCACCUCCGCCUCCGUCCCCUGACUACAACUACGCAGGACCCCAGGACGUAGGUUGUGACAUCUGCAUUGGCAAGAAGCACAAAGCCAUCAAGACCUGCCUGAUGUGUCUGGCCUCCUACUGCGAGAAGCAUCUCAAGCCCCACUUUGAGUCAGCCACGUUCAAAAGGCACAAGCUGGUGGACGAAAUCGGCCACCUGGACAGACAGAUCUGUCCCCAGCAUCAGAAGGGUCUGGAGCUGUUCUGUCGCACCGACCAGAUGUGCAUCUGUGUGCUGUGCACGGUGAAAGAACACAAAGGUCACGAUAUGGUGUCUGCUGAGCAGGAGAGGGCAGAAGAGCAGCAACGGCUGGGCGCCACCCAGGCCGAGAUCCAGGAGAAGAUUCACGACCGACUCAAGCAGAUGGAGGAGCUAAAACAAGCAGUGGACUCACUCAAGAACUCAGCCCAGAGAGCAAUGCAGGAAUGUGAGAAGAUGUUUAGCGACAUGAUACGCUCCAUCGAGAGGAUGCAGCAGGAGAUGACCAAGCUGAUCUCCUCCAACAAGAGAGCAGCACUGAACAACGCAGAGGGCCACAUGGAGCGUCUGAGCCAUGAGAUCGCCGAUCUGAAGAGGAGAGACAACGAGAUUACCCAGCUGUCCCGCACUGAGGACCACAUCCACUUCAUCCAGAGCUACCACAUGCUGAUAGCGCAGACGGAGGCUGAGGAGCUGCCUACAGUGAGCGUUAACCCCUACUUCACCUUCGGCCCAGUCACCAAGGCCGUCUCUGAGAUGAAACAGCACCUGAAUGAGUUCAGCAAUGAUGAGCUGGUGAAGGUGGCCAAGGCAGUUAACAAAAUGUCCUUCUGCCAGCUGGAUGAAUCCAAAAAGAGACGGUCAAUAAAAAGUGAUGAAGCUGCCAUGUACAAGCCUGUACCAGUCCAGGAACCUCAGUACAGGGACGAGUUCCUGAAAUAUGCUUGCCAGCUCACUCUGGACCCGAACACAGCCUACAGACAGCUCUACCUAUCUCGGGGGAACAGGAAAGCUGCCCUCAAAAGAGACCCCCAGUCCUACGGUGACAACCCUGCCCGGUUCGACUCCCUGCCCCAGGUCCUGUGUAUGGAGCCUCUCUCUGGAGGAGCUUACUACUGGGAGGUUGACUGGAGCGGGGAGGGGGCUGCCAUCGGAGUCACCUACAAAGGCAUCAAGAGGACGGGCUACGGAGACAGCUGCCGCAUCGGCUACAACCGCAAGUCGUGGAGCCUCUUCUGCUCCGAUUCCAGCUACUCAGCCCGCCACAACAAAGACCAGAUAGAGAUCAACGCACCCUACUCAUCACGUAUAGGGGUGUUCCUAGACCACACAGGGGGGACCCUCUCUUUCUACACUGUAGGGGACACCAUGUCUCUCAUCCACCGCUUCAAGGUCUCCUUCAGUGAGGCUGUCUAUCCAGGCUUCUGGGUUUGGUACGAGUCCGCUAUCAACCUCAUCCAGCUGUGAUUAACUUCCAGUGAUCGAUGUACAACUGUGGUUCAGCUUUGUGAUUGAUUUACAGAACAAAAGCAUGAAUAUCCUUUGAUUAUAUGUUGUAAUUACUUGAAAUGAUUGGAUACUUUGUUGCUUUUUAUUUAGACUCCAUACAGAAUGUGGAUCAGGGGGACUGUUCUUGAUGACUGUGAAUAUUUUGCAAAUCAACAUGUAAGAUCAAGUUUAUAAAGUGAACGAGCGUUUAAAUGAUUAUUUCAAAAAAUGUACUUGCUGUACUUGAUUGAAAUAUGCCAUGUGAUCAUUUAUAUAGAUUAUGCUACAUUUAUUUUUAUCAAUAAAAACAGUUUAUAACAAGGA